AUUUAAUUCAAAUCCUACAAUUCCAAUACACAGGUCUAGAUUUUUAGAUUUAAAUCCUCAUUCAAUAUCUGCUAUAGCCUUUCCACCUCCUCCAAAAGACAAAAGCUGGAAUAGCUACGCUAUUAUGGCAGUCGGAAAGAGUAACGGUGAUAUUGAAAUAAAGCAUUACGUGAAUACACCAGUCGCUUCACACUUUUCUAAGAAACAACCACCAGGCAAGGGUUGGGUCUUGGUGAAGACACUCCCUGCUCACAUUCCUGCUGGUAAAAUUCACUCUUUGCACUUUACGAGAAGACACAGUCCACCAAAGAAGAGUGGUAGCUACACGGAUGCAAUCACUUCACUUAAUCCAUACACUUCUGACCACUUAAGAUUAUUCAGCAGUAGCGGUACAAAUACCCUCAUCGAGUGGGAUUUGAAUACAGGCAAAAUUGCGAACAAAUUAUCUUCAGAUGGUGGUGCAAUCUGGUCAGUAGCCUCUUCACCUUCAGGGAAGUCUUUAGCCAUCGGCUGUGCCGAUGGUCGCAUUCGUUUAGUCAAUUUGUCGUCAAAUCAAUUCGAAAUUGGCAGAGUUUUAGCACACGUACCUACACGUUUAUUAUCUGUCGCUUGGUGUAGGAAAACUGAAAGCAAUACAGAUGACGAGGAUUACGAUGAAAUGAAGGAUGGGUGGUUAGUCGCAGGAUGCUCAGAUUCUAGUUUGCGCGUUUACAAUCUCAACGAUGGACGAGUUAGCGAUAGAUUAUCCGUUGAUAAAGCUAAAAAUCAACAUACACUUAUCUGGUCAGUUAACGUUUUGGAAGAUAACACGAUUGUUUCUGGAGAUAGUCUUGGUAGUGUCAUUUUCUGGGAUCGUCAAUCAGCUUCACAAAUUUCUGCAUUCAAAGCCCAUGAAGCGGAUAUAUUGACAACUUGUGUUUCAUCUGAUGGUGAAACUGUUUUCUCUGGUGGUAUCGACCAAAGAGUGUCACAAUUCACUAAGAUUUCAAUCACCGCCGAUAGAUUGGAUACUAAAUUCACACAAUCGGGUUCAAAGCGUAUACACACCCAUGAUAUUAACGCUAUUGCAGUAUGGCCACCGCAAGGUACCACUUCCGAACAAGCUUUAGCUAGUCAAGUGCCAAUCGUCGCAAGUGGUGGUAUUGACCCGCAUUUAAUCCUCACACCAGGUGGUAAACCAACCAAUAGGAGGACGAAACAGGCGCAACUUGAUAUUGCUGGAUAUAACCCUGUUUCAUCUUCCAGAAGUGUACACUUCAGUGAUGCUUGGCAUAGACGUACGCCAUUUGUUCCACUCAAUGGUAGAAACAGUGUUACUGUGUGCAGAUCAAGAAGGUGGGUAGUUGCAAGACGUGAUAGUGGUAUCAGUGUUUGGAGAGUCAAGUCAGCUGAGGAGGAAACCGGCGAUGGUGGCUUUGAGAAGAUUUUGGAUACUGAGUUUAAAUUCCGCACACAUUUAAUUUCGCAUAGUGUAUCACCAGAUGGAACAGUACUCGCAGUUAGCGAUGCAUACGAAACUAAACUUUUCGCUAUCGCGGAGGACGGACCAGCAAUACCAAAGAAAGUUAAAUUAGAAACACCACUACCUGGAGCAAAUUACAUUCAAUUCACACCUGACUCUAAGAGAAUCAUUUUGGCUUUAUCUGGUGCAACCUCAGUAGUUGUCUAUGAAUUAGAAGAAGGAAAGCCAAAGUUACUCAAAGAAUGGUCAAACAAAUCAACAGCUCGUAGUGUACGUCCAAUGCCAAACAAAAGUGCAUCGAUGGACGUAGAUGGUGAAAGUGAAGAUGAAACCGACGACACCAAAGUUGAAGCAUCAAUACACACAUUGGCAUGUUCAAAGGAUGGCCAGUGGUUAGCUUUAGCUGAUUACGCUUGUAGAGUACAAAUAUUCAACCUCGAUAGUAUGCAACAUCACGCUACUUUACCUAGUCUUUCACAUUUACCAUCAUCAAUUCAAUUCCAUCCUACGCAACAAUCAUUGAUGAUUAUCGCAUUACCUAGUGGUUUGCUUCACUUUUACGAUGCUGAUAAGAAAUCUCCACCUUCAUGGUCAAAGAGAAUCAAUGAAGCUACAAUGCCUGAUCAUUAUUUGACCACAAUUGAUCCAGUUCAAGGCAUGAUCGUCAAUCCUGAUCCAUCAACAUUACCACCACAAUUUGGAGCAGAGAUUCCAGGUACACUUGAUCCAAGCCGUGAUAAUAAGAUUAUAACUUACGGUGCUUCAUGGAUGUGUGUCAUUAGGUAUAACACGACGAAUAAGAAUACUCAUGGUAGAUCAUACUCUAAGAAGAACAACAAGAGGAAGUUGAACAAGCAAGAAAGGAAUAAAUUAGCACAAGAUAUUGCUUUAGUUAGGGAACAAAUGGGUGAAGCUGCCAAUGGUGUUGUUUUCCAAGAAGAUGAGUUACUUAGGAAAUCUGAAGAGUCAACAUUCUUUAAAUUGACUAAUAGAUAUCAACCAAUAGCUAUGGCGGAAUACAUCGGACCAUCUGAGUUAGUUGUCGUUGAGAGACCACAACAUGACUUUAUUGCUGAUUUACCACCUGCUUUCUACAAACACAAGUACGGCCUGUCGUGAUUUCUUUCAUGAUGUUUACAAGAAACCCCCUUUCGAGGAUAAAUUAUUUCAUAGAUUAUCUCUUUAUAAUGCAUUUUUAUCAUUACAAC